CUGUACUUUUUUUUUCGCAUUCUUUUGUGGGCUAUAAGUUAUAGCCCCUUUCAAUUUCCAUCACAGCAAUCGGCAGUCUCAUUAUUAGCCCAAAGCUCUUAAUUUUGUGUGAAGGAUGGAGAAGGACGGUAACGAGUGUGAUUCUCAACCUUUGCCUGCACCACCACCUGUCAUACCACCAAGUGUAAAGCCUGAGAAAGCAGAUAGGCCAAACCGCAGCAUAAUCAGUAGGCCAGGAUUUGGGAAAACAGGGCGACCUAUCUCUCUGCUCAGUAACCAUUUCAGAGUUUCUCUCAAGCAUCCAGAUGAGAUUUUUUACCAAUAUACUGUUUCUAUUAGUUCUGAGCUAGGGAAAACUGUUGACAGCAAGGGAAUUGGGAGAAAAAUUAUGGAUAAACUUUACCAAAUCUAUUUCUCUGAUUUAGCUGGAAAGAGAUUUGCAUAUGAUGGAGAAAAAGCUUUAUACACUGUAGGGCCUCUGCCUCAUAACAACUUAGAGUUCCCAGUAGUUCUGGAGGAGUCCAUGGUUAAACGGGGGAGCCCUUCUCAGACCGGGAGUCCUAGUGAGUCUGGUAAAAGAGCAAAGCAUUCUCUACAAUCAAAAACCUUUAAAGUUGCGAUCAGUUACGCUGCCAAAGUACCCUUGAAGUCCAUCUCUCUUGCUCUUCAAGGAGCUGAACCAGAAAAGGUUCAAGAUGCACUGAGAGUUCUUGACAUUGUGCUGAGACAACAAGCUGCUAAUAGGGGUUGCCUUUUGGUCAGGCAGUCAUUCUUUCAUGAUGAUUCGAGGUUAUUUACUGAGGUUGGAGGUGGUGUUACUGGUUGUCGGGGAUUUUAUUCAAGCUUUCGGCCCACUCAUGGAGGCUUGUCCUUGAAUAUGGAUGUAUCUACAACAAUGAUCCUGACACCUGGGCCUGUAAUUAACUUUCUACUUGCAAACCAAAAUGCAAAAGAACCUCGUUUUAUUGAUUGGGUGAAGGCAAAGAAGAUGUUGAAAAAUAUGAGGGUAAAGGCAAGGCACAACAACAUGGAAUUCAAGAUCAUAGGUUUAAGUGAAAAGCCUUGCAAUCAGCAAUUUUUUUCUAUGAAAGUGAAAAGUGGUACUGAUCAACAUGAUGGAGGAGAGACUGUAGAGGUCACAGUUUAUGAGUAUUUUACAAAACAUCGAAACAUAGAACUUCAUUCGUCUGCAUACAUGCCAUGCCUUGAUGUCGGAAAGCCUAAACGACCAAACUAUCUGCCUUUGGAGUUGUGUUCUCUUGUAUCUCUCCAACGAUACACAAAGGCUUUAACCUCAAUGCAGAGGGCAUCUCUAGUUGAAAAGUCUAGGCAGAAGCCUCCAGAGAGAAUACAAGUUGUAACCAAUGCUAUGAAAAACUAUCGGUAUGAUGAUGACCCUAUCCUCUCUGCUUGUGGCAUAUGCAUUGAGAAACAGCUUACUCAAGUUGAUGGCCGUGUCCUUGAGGCACCUAAGUUGAAGGUUGGUAACAAUGAAGAUUGCUUCCCAUGUAAUGGCCGUUGGAACUUCAACAAGAAGAAACUUGUAGAUCCCAUCAGGAUAGAACGUUGGGCAGUUGUCAACUUCUCUGCCCGUUGUGACACCAGUUAUCUUUCGAGGGAGCUUAUCAACUGUGGAAGAAACAAGGGCAUUCAUAUUGAGCGACCAUAUUCACUGAUAGAGGAAGACCCACAAAAUCGAAGGUUAAGCCCUGCAGUACGAGUUGAGAAGAUGUUUGAACUGAUUAUGUCCAAACUUCCUGGUCCUCCUGAAUUUCUGCUGUGUGUGUUGCCAGAGCGGAAAAAUUCUGAUUUAUAUGGCCCUUGGAAGAAAAGGAAUCUCAGUGAUCUUGGUAUCGUUACUCAAUGCUUGUCACCUACCAAGAUCAAUGACCAAUAUCUCACAAAUGUGCUUCUUAAAAUCAAUUCCAAGCUUGGAGGGAUCAAUUCAUUGUUGUCAAUAGAGCGACCCUCACGCAUCCCACUUAUCAAGGAUACUCCAACAAUGAUCUUGGGGAUGGAUGUCUCUCAUGGAUCUCCUGGCCGCUCAGAUAUUCCAUCUAUUGCUGCUGUUGUUGGAUCUAGAUCUUGGCCACUGAUAUCAAGGUACAGAGCAGCUGUUCGUACGCAAUCAUCAAAGGUUGAAAUGAUUGAAUCUCUAUACAAACCUUUGGCAAAUGGAGAAGAUGGUGGCAUUAUGAGGGAACUACUUUUGGAUUUCUAUGGUACAAGUAAUGGCUACAAGCCAGCUCAGGUUAUUGUUUUCAGGGAUGGAGUGAGCGAAUCACAAUUUAGUAAGGUUUUGAAUUUUGAGCUCAAUCAAAUGAUAAAGGCUUAUGAGCAUCUUGGUGAGGUUAACUUUCCGAAAUUCACUGUGAUUGUGGCUCAAAAGAAUCACCACACAAAGCUCUUUCAAAAUAAUGCCUCAGAAAAUGUUCCACCAGGUACUGUUGUGGACACGAAAAUAGUCCAUCCGAGAAAUUAUGAUUUUUACAUGUGUGCUCAAGCAGGGAUGAUUGGAACUUCUCGGCCUGCUCACUAUCAUGUCUUGCUUGAUGAGAUUGGUUUCUCUCCUGAUGACUUACAACAACUCAUCCUUUCUCUCUCAUAUGUGUACCAAAGGAGUACAUCUGCAAUCUCAAUUGUGGCUCCUGUUUGUUAUGCACAUCUUGCAGCCCAACAAAUGGGACAGUUCAUAAAGUUUGAGGAUUUUUCUGAAACUUCUUCUGGGCAUAAGAGUGGCGUCACAUCAGUUGGUAGCAUUUCUGUUCCUGAGCUUCCCAGGCUGGAUGAAAAGGUUGCAGGCUCCAUGUUCUUUUGCUGAAGUCUGACUCUAAUAAACCUGUAAAUACUUGUUGAUAUAGGCUAUAGCCAACCCCAAGUAUCCAUUUUGAAGGGGUUUUGGAAUGGUUCAUCUGGUAGCAACUUUUGGUAUACCGGUCUGGAACCUUUUAAAUUACACACAUCCUCCCUAGUACAGAAAUUCUGGAGGAUUUGCAGGAAUUAGACUGUUAAUGCUGAAGUAGUCUAGACCUUAGUCUUUGUACUAACUCCACCUUUUGCUAAUUAUGGUGCAUGCAUUGUGUACCAAGUGGAGGAUUACUAUGCAUCUUGGUUGGAAGAUGUAUCUUAUUAUCGUGGCGGUUGUUGAAGAAA